AUGAAUUCCACUUUCAAUAAUAACGCUGAUGAGAAUCCACAAUCUUCGGAGGGAACCUACGAUGGAGGUUCAGAAGGAUACGAAUGUGAGAUUCGUCAGGAGGAUCAACCUUGUCAUGAUCAGCUCCCUAAUGUCGAAUCUUACAAGGCCAUGAUGGGAAUUCAUCGAACGAAACCUUCCAACAAGAAAGCAGCAGGAAUGAUCCAAACGAAGAUCAUUGAAAAAUUGGCGAAAAGGAUACCAGCCACAGAAAUUGACAAGACGGAUACCUCACGUAGAUCGAUGGAUCCUCCUGAACAGUAUCCUGAUGACUGGGGUGGUCUGAUGAAAGAUCCUUCCGGAGAAACUUUCACAGAUGACUACUACGACGAAGAAGACGAGGGCCAGCGUCCGGAUCUUGUGAGGAAUCAUACCGAUGACAAUGACUUGGAAUCGUAUUCCAAACCAGAUCAUCUAUCAUCUACUCGUAUACAUCAAUUGUGUUGGAGACUUUGCUUGCUGAUCACCAUCAGUGUCUUAUUGGCGGCCCUUGGCUUUGCUGUGAUUAUGAUGACAUCGAAUAUGAACGGAUGGUCAGAAGGCGGCAAUAGUGAUGUACGCACUGGAGGUUUUGUCCAGGGGGAAACCCAGCAAUAUUUGAAAGUUCGAAACUACCUACUCAAUAUUGGCAAACUUCCCUACAAUCGCACCUACGACAAUUAUGAUCCAGAUAGCAUUGAGGCUGUGCAAACCACUUCAGAACCACAACCAUUGUCAAGGCGAGAAUUGCUAUUCAAUGACACCAGUCCCCAAUAUUUGGCCGCUCAGUGGUUGGCCCAUGGGGAUGAUUCGUUCAUGCCCGUUCCAACGAAUAACCAGAAGGGAUAUAAUCAGCGAUAUGCCAUGGCUGUCAUCUAUUUUGCCCUUGGUGGCAAGGAAUGGUUUCGAAACUACAAUUUUCUGUCUGCCGGUCACAUUUGUACCUGGAAGGAGGAAUACAACCUCCAAGCCAUUGCAGAGGCGUCGAAAAGUGGAAUCAAUACCGAACUAGCGACUCUUUUGGGUGUUCACAACAAUGAUGACUGGAAGUCAUCCAUUGGCAGCAGUGAUCAAACAAUCAUUCAUGGAGUUCAUGAUUGUGUCAAUGAUGCGGAAGGCAACUUCUUUCCAAAGGCACUUUAUUUGCCACAUAACAAUCUGAAUGGACGGAUACCUGAUGAAAUUGGUAUCCUGAACGAGCUCGAGCUUUUGAAUGUUGAAUUCAACCCACUUGUCAGGGGUAAAUUGACCGGUCAUUUGCAAGAAUUGAAAUACCUCCGACACUUGGGCCUUCAGUUUUGCAAUCACGAAGGCCACAUUCCAAUGUGGAUUCCAGGUUUGUCACAACUGCAAUUCUUGGGGCUGGGAGCCAAUCGUUUUGAUGGCGAUAUACCCUAUGACAUUGGGCUUCUAUCGAACCUCAAGGUUUUGGGUUUGGAUAAUAUGAACGUGCACGGGGAUCUUGGCAUGUUCGCGGCGCUGUCCAACUUGGAAACUUUGUACUUGGAAAAUACCUUUAUUCACGGAGGCAUCAGCUCUGUCUUAUUGGAGCUUUGGCCGAAACUGGUAGAGAUUGAUGUCAGCUCGUGUGAUCUUACCGGGACGCUUCCGGCUGACUUGUGGGAUGGGGUAUUUCCGAGUUUGAAGGUAUUGGACCUGCAUGGGAACAAAAUCGAAGGACCCAUACCUUCUCCACCACCUCAAAACUUGAUGAGUGGGGAGUCAUGGGAAUUGGAGUAUUUAGCUUUGAACCAAAAUCAAUUUACAGGAAUGGUCCCAGAAAAAAUUGCAGCCUUUGGAAAGCUGAAGCACUUGGAUAUCAGUGAAAACAGUUUGUCCUUCCAACUACCCGAAAAGCUGGGCGAGCUUACCAACUUGGAAUACUUGAUUGUUGGAAACAACCAGUUUGUAGAGUCGGAAGUUCCAAAGUUUCUGAUUGAACUCACAGAAUUGCGAGAACUCAGCGUUGGUCAAACAAACUUGGUCGGUACCAUUCCAGCCUUUCUUGAAUAUCUAUCGCAUUUGGAAAUCCUUGAUCUCCAUAAUAACGGUUUGUUUGGUACUUUGCCUACUGAGCUUUCGAGCUUGAUAGAGCUAAGGCACUUGAUUCUAAAAGGGAAUGAUCUCUCUGGAGACUUUCCUUCGCAGCAACUUUCGGAACUCAGUCACCUUGAGGUUCUCCUUGUGGAACAAAACCAAUUCCAUGGAACUGCUGAUGCUAUCUGCGACUCGGAUGGUGGCAUUGCAGAAUUCGUUGCCGAUUGCGGGGCGAAUGAUCCGAGUGGAAGUACUAGACACAGGAUUGGAAGCAACAGCACCAUCCCAACACGAGACGGCGCGGUUGGAGACUUGAUAGGUGGCAACUUCCCGUCGCCGGACCAAACUGGCAUUAUCACUUGCCCGUGUUGUUCCAUUUGUUGCAACGUCGGCGAUACUAGCUGCCAUAACUGGGUACGUCAAGAACAUAUGGACACGAUAUGGAAGUACGGGUACAAAAAACGACGAUACUCGUACUAUUUAUAA